AUGUGGAAUUUGACAUAUUUUGGUUCCUUUGGUUUAGAUGUUGAUGAUGGUAAUUCGCAGGUGAGUGGAGAUGCGACAACUCAGUGGGAAUGGAAUAUCAGACAUCGAACAAAUAUUGCUGUUGGCAACUGUGAAGGAUCGAGUAGCCAUAGAAGAUUAUCGGAAGAAAUGUUGCAAGUGGUCCGAUUAAACGUUCGCAGUGUUAGUCGGUUCUCCGAAAUGGAAGAGAUUUCAGCAAUGCCAGAUUGA